AUGGGCUCUGGAAAGAGCACGGUGGGAAAGAUAUUGGCUGAAGUUUUGGGCUAUUCAUUCUUCGACAGUGAUAAUUUGGUAGAACAAGCAGUUGGCAUGUCUUCCGUUGCUCAAAUAUUUAAGAUUCAUAGUGAAGCGUUUUUCAGAGAGAAUGAGAGUAAUGUCUUGAGGGAUUUGUCCUCAAUGCGGCGAUUAGUUGUUGCAACCGGAGGUGGUGCUGUUAUUAGGCCAAUCAACUGGAAUUACAUGAAGAAAGGUCUAUCUGUUUGGUUGGAUGUGCCUUUGGAUGCACUUGCGAAACAGAUCGCAGCUAAGCAGGGCCACCAAGAUGUUUCUAAGCUGACACCGACUGAUAUCGCCAUCGAGGCGCUACUUCAGAUUGGAAACUUUGUCAAUGAACAUCCCACAAUGCAUGGCCAAGUUAGUGACUUUUUGAAAUCUGAAAAGGGAUGA